AAAAAUAUGGCUCAUGGAUUUCAACACCCGAAGUCUACUCACAUCAACCAGGCUCAGCUCAAAGUUUCAAAACACUCAAAAAAAUGAGAAAAAAAAUGUGAAAAUAGUUCCAAGAAAAAUCUUACCAACAAAGAAAAAUUCCCUCAAAACACGUAGCAUUUUCUUAAAGCACAUCUGGACUAAUUCCCCCUGCAAAAAUACCCAUUCUAGCAAAAAUUAGCAUUCCAGAAUGAUUACAAUAUAAACGAUAUUUUAAAUAGAUAAUUUCGACGAUAGAAUUCAAUUACACGCGGUUGUUGAGGAAACAAAAAAAGAAAUAAAAAAAGGAAAAAAUACCCAACUGCAACGAAAUCUUUUAAAACCCGCUUAAAGGCAAACUUCUCUCUGUUCGGCUGAAAUCUCACCAUUUGCUUUCACAAACACGACCGAUGAGAAACAGAGAGCUAGAUAGCCGAAGAGAGGAAAAAAACCACACAACGUCGAUCAGCUGUUGACACGAUGAGAAUGAAAAAAUACGAAAUAAUUACCCGAACCGUCCAGAGAGGAUUAUGCUGUAAAAAUAAAAAUAUUAAAAAAACACACCGAACGAAAAUAUUUUUCUUGUAAACCUUUUUUUUUUCUACUUUUCCGUAUAUACGAGAAAAGGAUAAAAAAUACUGUUCGCUGAUGCGAUGUAUAGGGCAUUGGGGGCGGGUUAGCAGGCGUUGAAUCGUUUAAUUAAAAAAUACACUAAUCGUUAGCCGCCGCAAAAUUAGAUUUUACUCCGACCAAUCAAAAUGGUUUUACCACACCUUCUACACCACCCAGCUGAAGGUGUUUUGAUAAAUCCUGAUUCCUGAUAACAAACUUACAAUUUUUUUGAAAAUAAAUUAUUCAAGUUUCCCGAUUUCACGUAUUUGUUGAGUACUAAUCUAAUUUGUUGAUUAAAAAUUAAAAUAUGACAUCAUGUCAUUCAUUUGUGAUAAUUGUGGUAAAUCUUUCUCGCGAUUCUUUAACUUGCAAAGACACUGUAAAAAUGCUCAUGAUAUAAUUCUUCAAACUCAGAAGAACAAUAAUAAAGAGAAAGAACCUGAAAAACAUGCAAACCCAAAUAAAUCAUCGGAAUCUUACUCAUGCCCGAUCCAAGAGUGUGAUUUUGUGGGCAAUAAAACCAAAAAUUUUGAUUUACAUUUUACAAAUGAUCACCCGAACCUAGAAAUUGAUAAGAAAGAAAUGAGUUUUCAAAAUGUGGAAGAGUUUAUGACCUGGAAAUCUUCGGUGGAGAAACAGAAUAAGUGUCGAUUCGUUAUUCAUACUGGACGAACAGCGAAGUAUGAAUAUUAUUACUGCCAUCGGUCAGGUCGAUUUACGAGUGAACGCACAGGAAAACGAUUUUUGAAAACCCAAGGUUCAUGUAAAUUUGGUUCUUAUUGUCCUGCCAAGAUUUGUGCUAAAAUAUCGGAUUGUGGGAAGUUCAACGUCACAUUUGUUUCUACUCAUGUAGGGCACCAACACGAUGUGGCCCAUUUGACCAUAUCUCCCAAUACUAAGAAGCAAUUAGCUCAAAAAAUGUUGCUAAAAAUUCCUGAUAAUGUUAUUAUCGAAGAUAUCCAAGAAUCUGUGACCGAUGACAUUCAACGAGUACAUUUAUUGACCAAACAAGAUCUGUACAACAUUCGUCGCGAAUUUAAAAUUCCCAUUGAUGAUUCGAAAAAAGAUGAGAAUGAUGCCAUUAGCGUUGACUUACUAGUACAGCAACUGCGGAAAAAUGACGCAGCCGGAGACCAAGAAAAUGAUUCAUCUAGCGUUCUCUUUUAUAAACCACAAGAUCGUAUUUGUGAAGAGUAUCCAGUUUUCAAAGAAGAAGAUUUUAUGGUUAUCAUCAUGAAUAAUGUGCAGAGUGAAAUGCUGAAGACCUUUGGUCAGGAUGUUAUAACGUUUGAUGGGACUCAUGGUAUGAGCUACGAUUUUCAGCUUUACACUGUUAUGGUACUCGAUGAAAUCCGGCAAGGGUUUCCAUGUUGCUUUAUCAUAUCAAACCGUGAAGACGAAGCUGUACUUACGUUUGCAUUUUCAAAAAUCCGUGAUAAGGUUGGUACUAUCACUGCCAAGGUUUUCAUGAGUGAUAUGGCCACCCAUUUUUACAAUGCUUGGGAAACUGUCAUGGGAUCAACUACGUUUCGUUUAUAUUGCUCUUGGCAUGUUUUAAAAGCAUGGAAUGAUAAUUUAGUAAAAGUAAAGGAUGACGCCAAACGUGAAGAAACCAGUAAUUUGAUUCAAUCAUUUCAGCAAGAACUGGACAAAAAUAGUUUCGAAACUUUGCUCAAGGCUGGAAUGGAAAAACUGCUAAAUGAUGAAGGAACUGUAGAAUUUGCGAAUUACUUCUAUACAAAUUACGUGAAAGAUGAAAAGUUCCAACGUUGGGCAUAUUGUUAUCGUACUCACUCUGGAUUAAACUCGAAUAUGCAUAUUGAGCGAAUGCAUAGAACUAUUAAAUACGUUUAUCUGAAAGCUAAAAAAGUCAAGCGAUUUGAUAAAUGUUUAACGUACCUCCUAAAGUUCCUGCGUACUGAAGUUUUCAAGCAUGUAAUUAUGCAGCUUAAAGGAAUAGUAUCGAUUAAAGUGAAACACCUGAGAAAUCGUCACCGAACAUCCUUAACUUACGAAAAUUCCGUAGCAGUAAAUGUUGAAAACGAAUCUUGGAUAGUCACAUCUCAGUCUGAUGAGAUGGUGAAGUACAAUGUUGAAUGGCAUUCGGCAUGCAAAAGUGAUUGUAAGCUGAGUUGCAGCGAAUGUAAAGCCUGCAUUCAUAACUUCAUUUGUAGUUGUUAUGACAAUUCUAUAACUUGGAAUAUGUGUAAGCAUAUUCACCAGGUUUGCGCGUUCAUUAAUCUUCACGGAAAAAAUCAAGGAGUUCAAGGACAGCAAGCAAUCAUUCUCCCUCAACAAGAAACUGAACGGAUAGAGCCAGAAGAUUGUGUGAUGAAAGAAAUCAUGAAUGAAAUAAAAAAUAAAGAUACCGGAGGUGAUGAGGCUGAACGGAGAACGCAAUCAUUAUUAAUCGAAGAAAUCACGGAAAUGAUAAAAACGCCGGAAGAUAACACGUACUUUACCAAUGAAUUGAUCAAGUUGAAAAACCAUUUCUUGUUGAAAAACUCUGCUGUACAAAUACCUGUUCUGAUGUCGAAGCCAACGGAUGGUGAAAAGAAGACAAAAAUUCAAAAGAAAGCCGAUAGCAGUUCAAAUAUUAUUCCUCAGCGCCGACUGUACUCUACUAAGAAAAAAACCACAUCUAAACGUAAAAAAAUUAUCAAAAAGCCAACGUUGGCAGAAAAAGCUGCUGUUUCUUCCGUAAAUUUUUUAAUUCCGUCACUUCAAGGACCGCAGAAGACUGGAAACGUAAUUUUGCUAAGUCAGAAAGAUGUGAAUGAAUGAAAAAAAGAUGAAAAUAUGUAUUAAGGUACCUAUUAUUAUGUAGUUACGAAAAAGAUUGAUGAAAAAGAGUCCAAAGAAAGAAACUCUAGAGUCUUAGAUAUUAAUUUCUUGACAUGUUGUAUUAUUGAAAUAUUUUAUUUGUAAGGUUUUUACCAUUCAUUAUGUGAUGAAUAAUGUUUUUGGUGCUUUUCGUAAUAAAACAAUCACUUUUUUCACUCCUUUUCUCCAUACAAUUCAUAGAGUAGAAAAUAGAAAGUGAAAAUCAUCUCAAUCCUAAGAUCUACGUUUUCAAACACACUACAGUGUUAUCACUAUUUUCAAUGGGUUGCUAUGGAAACGUACAGCUCGUUUUCAUUGGUCGGAGUAAAAUCUAAUUUUGCGGCGGCUAACGAU